UGCCAGUGGCAACACUGUUGUUUUUGUUUCGAAGUGAACGGACGCGUGAGCGGACCUUUAAAGUUUUUUGGGAUAAUAUUUUGUUUUCAAACCAACGGGCUGAAAAGAAAACAAACGAAAAGCGGCUAAAGACACAUCCGCUCACAAUAAAUAACGCCGCAAUAUAGGCGAAUGUGUUAAUAAUUGAACGGUGGCCGAGACUUAAAAUACAGGCUGAAAAACCAAACGACUAAAAGUGAUCAAAAUGAAAUUGUUUGGAACAGCAACAGUUGCUUUGUUCGCAUUGCUGGCCAUUGGCAAUGCAGUAGCUGCCGAUGAGCAUAAGGAGGAUGAGGAGGGGACCACAGCAACAGCGGAAGAAACACCAGUGAGUGAACCGCCCAUUAAGCUGGUCCAUGUGCUCCAACCCGGCGAACGUGAAUAUCUAUCACCCAACUUGAUUGGUGUCCAAAAUAUAGCCAUGACUUUUCUGCCUUUAUCGAUGAACUUUAUCAACAUAAUCGACGCCUAUCGCGAGAUUGUGAAUGGCGUUAGCUAUGAGAUAUUGCUAAAUGCUGUCGAUACCAAGGCAAAGGAUCCAAAAGAAGCGGAUAUUAUAUGCAGAUUGGUUGUACUCGAGAAGCCAUGGAUGCGCACUCAAUGGGGUGAUAAAUAUCGUGAAUUGGUCAAUUCAAAUUGUACGACGGAUGGCACGGAGAAUCGAACAAUUGAUGAUGAUGAGCGGUCGAAGGUGUUGAAUGAGAAAUAUGCAUCCCGCAAUAAGCGUCAACAGAAUGAGGUCCCUGUGGGCGAUAGGAAACCAUACAGUGAGAAACAGGCCGAGGCUCAGCUGCAGCGUACCCUGGACAAGUUAACCGCUGGCGAGGGUCCACAUUAUAAAAUUGUGAAAGUUUAUUCGGCCACACGUCAAGUUAUAUCUGGAACAUUGACCCGCAUAGAUGCCGAUCUAAUUGAUGGCAAUGAGGAACAGCAUCGUUGCAUUGUAGAAAUCUGGGCACAGCCUUGGUUAGACCGAGGACACGAGAUCACCUUCAAGUGCCGCAAUCAGCCAAUUGUGCUUGCCCGUCAUAGUCGAUCGGUUGAAUGGGCCGAAAAGAAGACGGGACACAAGAAGCAUAAUCAUCAUUCCCUGGACAAGGUAGAGCAUUUAUUUCACAAGUUCCAAAUCAAAUUCGAACGCCGCUAUGUGAACAGUGUUGAGCGUCAGAUGCGUUUACGGAUAUUCCGUCAGAAUUUGCGUAUAAUUGAGCAAUUAAAUGCCAACGAAAUGGGAAGUGCUAAAUAUGGUAUUACCGAAUUCGCUGAUAUGACCAGUACAGAGUACAAAGAACGUACCGGACUCUGGCAGCGCACUGAGGGACAACCAACUGGAGGUCAGAAGGCUGUAGUGCCAUCAUAUCCUGGCGGUGAAUUGCCCAAGGAAUUCGAUUGGCGCCAAAAAGGCGCUGUGAGCUCUGUGAAAAAUCAAGGAUCAUGUGGUUCAUGCUGGGCAUUCAGUACUAUUGGCAAUAUUGAAGGCUUGAAUGCUGUAAAAACCGGUCAAUUAAAGGAAUUCUCAGAACAGGAACUAUUGGAUUGUGAUACCAAAGAUAGUGCCUGCAAUGGUGGUCUACCGGAUAAUGCCUACAAAGCCAUUCAGGAAAUCGGUGGCUUGGAAUAUGAAUCAGAAUAUCCCUAUAAGGCCAGGAAGGAGCAAUGUCAUUUUAAUAAAACUCUUGCCCAUGUCCAGGUCACUGGUUUUGUGGAUUUACCCAAGAACAAUGAGACAGCAAUGCAGGAGUGGCUUAUCGCCAAUGGACCCAUCUCAAUCGGUAUUAAUGCCAAUGCCAUGCAAUUUUAUCGCGGCGGUGUUUCACAUCCAUGGAAAAUUCUAUGUGAAAAAUCGAACCUUGAUCAUGGUGUACUAAUUGUUGGUUACGGCGUCUCUGAUUAUCCAAAUUUCCAUAAAACUUUGCCAUAUUGGAUUGUGAAGAAUUCCUGGGGUCCUCGUUGGGGCGAACAGGGCUAUUAUCGUGUUUAUCGUGGCGAUAAUACUUGUGGAGUCAGCGAAAUGGCCUCUUCUGCUAUUUUGGCCUAGAGAUAUACUCAAAUACGCCUCUCCCUGAACAACAAAAACAAAAAACAAUACAUAUAUAUACAUAUAUAUAUAUAUAUAAAUAUACAUAAACCUUUAUAUAUCUAGGCUAAUUUUUUCAAACAAAAGUUCUUGCAGAUUUUUUGCAUUUUCUGUGUAUAAUGUUUUUCUAUAGUUUCGUUUCGUUUCUUUUUGACAAAUCGUGAACUUUUGUUCUGUGAUUAUCAUAUAAUAUAACCAUAAUUUUGUGUCAGUUUCGUAAUCUCCUCAAUACACAAUAUCUGAAUACUUAAUAUAACGAAAAACAGCUUAAAGAAAAUUGUAAUAAAUUUAAAUUUACAAAACAAA